UCUUUUAGAUUCAAGGAAAAACGAUUAACAUUAAAUUUACAGUGAUACUUCGUAAACUAAACAGUGAUAUGAAACAAUACAUGUAAACGCUGAAACAGACUGGUCCUUAUUAAAAGUCAUUUUGAAAUCAAUAUGUCUACCGUAAAUGAACCAGGCCAGGGUGAUAUUUUAAUGCAGGAUUUACAAACCAGGGAUCCGUCGAAAUUGACAGAAGAAAUUUCACAUACAUUGGAAGAUGACGGAAGAUGUUGUUAUAAGUUAAAGAAUGGAUUGUUAGACAGAAGUAAAUGUGUAUUUACAGUUACAUACAUCAUCUUCUCUUUUACACUAGGAUUGGCGAAUGGAGUAGCUGCACAUUCGUUUGCAGAUCUUAUACAUAUCGCCGACACAACGGUUAGGAAGGGCUUGCUAUUCUAUACGAUGGAUAUCGUUGGUUACCUGCUUGGGACAUUGCUGAUGGGAUAUCUGUUUGAUAAGCCGUUGUUAGAUAGAAAUCUUCUAAUGUUUCUCGCCAUCGUUGGAUAUUGUGUGAUCGUUGCUAUUAUACCAUGGUGUGGAAUGUAUGAGAUUAUGUUCACCCUAUUCACUGUUAAAGGAGCUUUCCGUGGUGGCUUAUUAACGUGUGGCACCGCUGGAUUGGUAACUACUUGGGGUACUGAUGGUAAUUCCUACCUCUUUGCUUCAGAUUUUACAGUUGCUUUAGGUAGUUCUGUGUCUUCCUCGGUAGUAUCACCUUUUGCCUUGUCACAUGACGUACAAAUUCCUAUUCGAAAUUAUACGGAUACUGUCAAUUGUAUUGACAAUAUCUACGCUACCAUUGAAAAUAACGGGAGUUGUAACAAUGUACACAAGCGUUCUCCAACUGGAACGCAUUCUGGUGAUCGUUCGUCAAUGAUUUAUAUUCCGUUCACAAUAACUACAGGACUUUGUUUUAUGACAUCACUUCCGUUCAUUGUUUUAUGUUGCAUCUCUUUGUCAAACAAAACUAUCAGGGAAUUUCGGAAGGAAAAUGAAGGAAACAAUAGGAAACAAGAUCGACGUCUACAAAUUUGGGGACUUAUAAAUAUAAUUAUUUAUAUAGCAGUAUAUGGAGUUCUGUUUACAUCAUACCAAUUUUUUUUACCAAUAUUUAUCGCGGUACAUAUGAACAGGCGGAUGUUUUCAAGCCUUUUCACCUCCGGAUUCAGAUUGUCUUUCAGUUUCGGAAAUUUUUUUGGAAUAUUUCUCGUAAAAUGCGUUAGUCCGGCAAAAAUGCUCCUCAUAUUUAAUUCCGUGCUUUUGACUGCUUUACUUGGCUUUAUUCUGACGUCACUUUUUGAUGUCAUAUAUGGUGCUUUAGUAUUUACUAUGAUUGUAACUUUUUCCUUAUCAGUGACUUUCCCAGUCCUUAUUAUGUGGAUAAAUCAGAAUUUUUUCCGGGUCAAUGGAAAAGUAAUCUCCGUGUUUUUGUUUACAGAAAUGGUAUCUGUCUUCGCGACUUCAUUCAUCGCUUUCGAUUCUCAUUGGUUUAUUUAUCUGUUGUGUGGUAAAGCAGUGUUCUUAUUUCUCCUUUAUCUCACAGGUGUGUACAUAUCAAGAAAGACUGCGUCAAGACAGUCUAUCAUACAAGAUGAAGAUCUUACCUCACCAGUAUGGGGUUAAUGUGGCUUUCUGUAUGUUUUUUUUCUUGUGAAUUCGAAAAUUAACAUUCUGAACGGUAAAAAAAAC